AGUCUCAGUAUGUCGAGGUUUGCUCCUCUUCUUCGAACGAGCUGGAGGCUGGCAAGGAGCUGCGGUCGCGCUUCCCGUUCGUUCGCUUCCUCCCCCGACAUCGCAGUCCAUCCCAACAUCGGCAGGUUUUCCUCGGAACUUGAUCUUCAGUUCAUCAGCAGAUUUGAUGAGCCUUUCUUGACAUUCCGGGUGAUGGACGAGAACGGGAAUAUCCUCGAUCCCUCUCUUGAACCAGAUGUCUCAAAGGAGAAAUGUCAGAGAAUGUACAAGACGAUGGUUGAGUUGAAUGUGACUGACUCUAUCCUCUACCAAGCACAAAGACAAGGACGACUGAGUUUCUAUAUGACCAACUAUGGGGAAGAGGCUACUCACAUAGGAAGCGCAGCUGCUCUUGAAGACGAGGAUGUCGUUUUUGGACAAUAUCGCGAGGCUGGAGUGCUUCUUUGGCGAGGGUACAGCAUGCAGGAGAUGUGCGACCAGUGCGUUGGGAACAGAGACGACUCCAACAAAGGGAGGAUGAUGCCCGUCCACUACGGGAGCAAGAGACACAACUUUCACACCAUCUCCUCUCCUCUCGCGACGCAGCUCCCGCAGGCAGCAGGUGCUGCAUACGCCAUGAAGCUCCAAGGACGGCAAGCCUGUGUCGUCUGCUACUUCGGAGAUGGAGCUGCAAGCGAGGGCGACUUUCAUGGUGCUCUCAACUUCGCGUCCACCCUCGACUGUCCGGUCAUCUUCUUCUGCCGCAACAACGGCUACGCUAUCUCUACCCCCAUCCGCGAGCAGUACAGAGGCGACGGGAUAGCAGUGAGGGGAGUGAGCUACAAUAUUCGGACUGCGAGAUGCGACGGCAACGACGUCUGGGCCGUCCACAAGAUCAUGGAUGAGGCGAGGAAGAUAGCAAUCUCGCAGAAAGUUCCCGUCCUCAUCGAAGCCAUGACCUACAGAGGAGGGAAUCACUCAACCUCUGACGACGCUUCGCGAUAUCGGGGAAACGAUGAAGUCUCGAGCUGGAAACUCUCAAACAAUCCCUUAGCGCGCAUGCGCAUGUUCAUGGAGAAGAAGAACUGGUGGGACGAUCAGCAGGAGACAGCGCUGAGAGAAUCUGCACGCACUGCCAUCGUACAAGUGUGCAACUUCUCCUUCUCUCUUCUCCUCUCACUCCUCCUCUUCUUUCCUCCUCCUCUCCACCACAAGGUCCCUGCGAGCUUGAAGGAGCAGGAGGAGACGCUGCUGGAGCAUCUCAAGGAGUUUGGAUCUCAUUACCCCACUGUGAACUGAGGAGAGAAGCAGAGCAGAGAUGAGCAGAGCAGAGAUGAGCAGAGCAGAGCAGAGCAGAGCAGAGCAGAGCAGAGCAGAGGAGGGGAGGAGGAAUUG